AUGAUGAUGAUGGUGGGUGUGGAAAUGGUGAUAGUGCUGGUGAUUGUGGUGGUGAUGGUUGUGAUGAUGGUGUUGGCGAUGAUGGCGGUGAUGAUGGUGGUGAGUGUUAUGGUUGUAGCGAUGAUGUUGUUGAUGGUGUUUGUGGUGGUGGUGAUGGUUAAGGUAAUAGUUGUGACGGUGUUGGUGAUGGUUGUGACGUUAGUUGUGAUAGUGGUUACGGUGGUGGUGUUGAUUGUAGUGUUGGUGAUGGUGGUUGUGAUGUUGGUGAUGAUGGUGAAGGCGAUAGUUGACAAGUUGUGGUGUCAUUAUGGUGAUGGUUAUGAUGGUGUUUGUGAUGACGGUGGUGGUGGUAGUGAUUGUGAUGGAGGUGCUGCUGUUGGUGGUGAUGGCGGUGGUGAUUGUCAUGGUGGUGGUGAUGAUGGGGGAAGACGGUGA